CUUGGCACUAUUGGAUUCCCUAGGCACUCAGUCGCUCUCCUACUGCUUGCCCCUCAACGCCAAGCUUCUCGCUCAACAAAGCUACAAUGGCCGUGCUAUCCCUGCUUGUGCUUGCGUCCAUCGCAUGCGCCCAGACCGCUAACCUCUUCCCUCCCGGUUCCGUCGUAGGCUACCCCGGGCCUACCCCUACGGGUAUUGAGGCUUUCGAGGUCGCCACCGGACCCGCAGCGCCCGCGCAGACCAACUACUUCCCCCUCGUGCGCUUCCGCCCAUCCGAUGAAGGCGCCAACGGGACAUACGACCCCUUCGCGGUGUCGUUCGGCAACCUGUCUCCCGCGUUGUCCCUCCCUCCCGCCACCUUCUCCCCAGACUUCGUCAACAGCUCCGCGCUCAUCCCGCCUCAGUGCACGCUCAACCAGGUCCACCUCCUGCACAGGCACGGUUCGCGCUACCCGACCUCAGGUUCCGCCCCCGCCUCCUUCGGCGUGAAGGUCGCCAACAACACGGGCAAGUUCAACGCCUCUGGUUCCCUCUCCUUCCUCAACAAAUGGCAAUACGGCCUCGGAGCGGAGAUCCUCACCCCCUUCGGCCGUGAGCAGCUCUUCGAGCUCGGCGUCUCUUUCCGUGUCAAGUAUGGCUACCUCCUCGACAAGUUCGCCAACGGCACCCUUCCCGUCUUCCGUACCACCUCCGAGGACCGCAUGCUCAAGUCCGCCCUGAACUUUGCUGCUGGCUUCUUCGGCAUCCCCUAUGAAGACCAGUACCACCAGAGUAUCCUCAUCGAAGCGACCGGGUUCAACAACACCCUUGCGCCCUACGAGACCUGCACGAACGGGAACAACGCCAACAGCGCCGGUGGAUCAGCGGCUGUCAACCUCUGGGUUCCUAUCUACCUCAAGGACGCUGCUGCCCGCCUCACCGCCCAGUCCGGCGGGCUCAACAUCACUGCCUCCGACGCGUAUGCUAUGCAACAGCUCUGCGCCUACGAGGUCAACGCGCUCGGGUACUCUGACUUCUGCCCUCUCUUCACCCAGGAGGAGUUCAAGGGUUUCGAGUACACGUUUGACCUCAGCUUCUGGUACAGCAACUUCUUCGGAGGGCCGUACGUCGCUGCCCAAGGUAUUGGCUACGUGCAAGAGCUCGUCGCGCGCCUCACCCAGACCCCCGUCGCUGUGCACAACUCGACGACCAACUCGACGCUCGACAACUCUGCCGUUACCUUCCCGCUCAACCAGCCCAUCUACGUCGACGCAUCCCACGACACCGUCAUCUCCGCCAUUAUCGUAGCGAUGAACUUCUCCUCUCUGGCCGCUACGGGCCCCCUGCCCACGGACCACAUCCCCGCCAAGAGGUCCUUCAUCGUUUCCCAAGUCGCGCCCUUCGCGACCCAACUCGCGGGCCAAGUCCUCACUUGCACGGAGGGCAACUCCACAGAGUCCUACAUCCGUUGGCUGCUUAACGACGCCUCCCUCCCGCUGACCAACAUCCCGGGGUGCGCUGCCGACCCUUAUGGCCGGUGCCUCACCUCCACCUGGCUCGCGGCGAUGAAGCAGCGUAUCCAGCAAGUCUCGUUCGCAAAUGACUGCCUUGCUAACUACACAAUUGCCAACGUCAUCGGUGCCAAUAUCACUGAUGGCAGGCCGCCAAAGAGCGCUGUCUUCCACUAGAUUACCUUUCUUCAUAGCAGGACACUGCACAACUU